AACUCUCCCUGCCAGCAAGACGCUCAUCCCUCCUUCUCCUCUCCCUCCGCCAUGGCCUCCCUCGCACGCGCACGGACUGCCCUUCCCCGCACCCGCAAAAUCGCGCCCUUCGUGCGCACCCUGCAGACCGCCGCAGACUCAACACAACUGCACCAGGAUGCCUCUCACUCCGAGCCUUUCUCGGUCAAGCUCCAUGAAGACUCCUUCCGCGGCUACAAAACCGACGCCCCCAGUCUGGACCUGGAGGUGACGAAGGAUGGCCUGCUCAAGAUGUACAAGCAGAUGGCACUUAUGCGGCGGAUGGAGCAAGCCGCGGACUCUCUCUACAGACAGAAACUCAUUCGUGGAUUCUGCCAUCUUACCAUCGGUCAGGAAGCCAUUUCGGUGGGGAUGGAGCAGGCGCUCACCCGCCAGGACAACAUCAUCUCGUCCUACCGCACGCAUCCGUUCGCCGUGCUCCGCGGGGGAACUGUAGUUUCCUUGCUUGGCGAGCUGCUUGGCCGCCAGUGCGGUAUCUCGAAGGGCAAGGGUGGUUCGAUGCACGUCUUCACAGAGUCGUUCCAGGGUGGGCAUGGUAUCGUCGGUGCGCAGGUCCCAUUAGGCGCGGGUCUCGCCUUUGCCGCCAAGUACCAGGAGAAGCCCGUCGCCACGUACACUAUGUACGGUGACGGUGCGAGCAACCAGGGACAGGUGUUUGAGGCAUUCAACAUGGCGAAGUUGUGGAACCUGCCGUGCGUGUUUGUUUGCGAGAACAACAAGUACGGUAUGGGUACCUCUGCGGAGCGUAGCUCGUCAAACACUGAGUACUACACUCGUGGUGACAAGAUCCCUGGUAUCCAGGCGAAUGGUAUGGACAUCCUUGCAGUUGUCAAGGCCGUCCAGCACACCAAGGAUUGGGUUGUAAGCGGCAAUGGGCCCAUUCUCCUCGAGUUCGUCACCUACCGUUACGGUGGUCACUCUAUGUCUGACCCUGGAACCACUUACCGUACCCGUGAGGAGGUCCAGCGUAUGCGUAGUACCCAGGACCCCAUCCGUGGCCUGCAGCGCUACCUCGAGGAGUGGGGCCUUGCAUCAGAGGAGGAGCUCAAGAGAUUCGACAAGGAUGCGAAGGCACAAGUAGAUCAGGCCGUUGAGGAGGCGAAGGCAUCACCUCUUCCUGAGGACAACGAGCUUUGGACCGACAUCUACAACAAGGGCUCUGAGCCUUCCUACAUCCGCGGUCGCGAGCGGGAGGAGGGCCACCACUUCUGACCGAGUAGGGGUGAGGGAUGUAGCGCUCUUGACUGAUAUUAGAGUACAGUAGUAUAUGCCAUGGCAUUGGAGUAGUUAUUGGAAUCUUGGAUUCCUUAGGCUAUCGCUUUCGUUGUUUGCAUGAGAUGC